AUGUUGUUCGGAAAAAACACAUUCGUUUGGUUAGCAGCGCUCCCUCUUACACUAGCCGUUGAUUGUACCAUAUCCAAUGCGAUCUCCUGGCCCACAUCUAGCGGUUCUGGAUCUGGGGGUUCCGGUGGUUCUAACGUCUGUACCGACCUUUGUGCGAACUCACAAGCAUGUUUUGACCUUUGCGAUCCCGGAAGUAAUACAAGUAUAAUAGGUGCGAGAAAAAGGGGUCUUCAAGCUCGAGCGGUCAUAGCUUGUGCGGAUAGAGAGACAUGCUUUGUGUUUCCCGAUGCCACAUUCAGUUGCGUGAAUCUUCAGAAUGGAGAUUUCCACGAUGACGAUGGUAGCAGCGGAAACUUCAGAACUGGCAUAGUCACCUUAGCAAAUGGCCAGGCGACAACUAUAGGAACUUUUGUAGAUGGAGCUUCAAGUACUGCGGGUACUGUUGCGAGCACAACCGUGCUGGGCUCGCCAUCAACUACGGCAUCGCUUUCUUCCCCAACAGCAUCUGAUAGUUCAAGACUUUCGUCUGCUUCGACUCCAGCGACUCGGGUCGUCUCUUCGUCCGGUACCAUUACUAGCGCCCCCGGCACAGCUCAGGCGACCGCGGUUACAACACCUACAUCUACAACGGCAAGAUCUGGUGCAGGAACAGCGAAUAAAGAUGUGGUUUUGCUCGGAGCUUUAGUGAUAGCUGUGGUGGUGGUGCUCAGUGGGGGUUCUAUAAAACCGUAG